CGAUAGAAUAGGGAAAUAAAAUUAUUUUUCUCUUUCUUCCAUUGUUUUCUUCUUCUACUGCAGAUAUUUUAACACGUUAGUUUCUGUUUCCUUUCAAAUGCCUCAAAAAUUGAUUGGAUUCCUGUAAAGGUGAGAGCUUGAGUGCAUUCUCGUUGUCUUUCCGAAGUUAUGGUUAGAUUUUCGCUGUUUAGAAUAUCCAAAUGGCCAAUUUUUACGCUCACCCACCAAUUUCAUCCUUUGGCCUGCUUCCCUCGAUGCGGUUUUCUGGCAAACGCUGCUGAAUCGGUGAUAGAAGAGGAGUAUUACGUUAGCCGAUCGCCCAGGUUCGAUUCUUAUGCCUACGCCCGAGCCUUGCAGGCUUGCAUUGCCAACGGGGAUCAAUUCAGAGGCAAAGCAGUUCACUGCCAUGCCCUUAAGAAUGGUGGAUGUUUGGAUUUGUUCUGUUGGAACAUUCUACUCAAUUUGUAUGUAAAAUUCGAUCUUGUAGAUGAUGCCUGUAAGUUGUUUGGGGAAAUGCGUGAGAGAAAUAUGGUUUCUUUUGUCACCGUAAUGCAGGGUCAUGCUCAGUGUGGCCAAUUCUUAGAAGCAGCUCAGCUUUUUCUCAGGCUUCAUAGAGAAGGCCAUGAGCUUAAUCAUUUUGUGUUCACAACGAUCCUGAAACUCUUUGUGCUUAUGGAGCUGCCGGAGCUUAGUCGGUGUGUUCAUGCUUGCAUUUGUAAGCUCGGCCAUGACUCAAAUGCUUUUGUGGGGGCAGCUGUAAUUGAUGCUUAUUCACUUUGUGGUCUUGUUGGUGAUGCAAGGAAGGUGUUUGAUGGAAUCAAAGGGAAGGACAUUGUUGCUUGGACCGGGAUGGUAUCCUGUUAUGCCGAGAAUGAUUGCCCCAAGAGUGCCUUGCGAAUCUUCUCUAGGAUGAGGAAAGCUGGCUUGAAGCCAAACAACUUUACACUAACUAGUUUGCUCAAGGCUGCCGUUUCCUUGCUGUCACUAGAGUUAGGCAAAAGUAUACAUGGUUGCUCGAUAAAAACUUCUUAUGGAUCGGAUGCUUAUGUGGGUGGUGCUUUGCUUGAUAUGUAUGCGAAGUGUGGGGAUGUUGAGGAUGCCCGAUCAGUUUUUGAGGUGGUUCCCCAUCAUGAUGUUAUUCUUUGGAGUUUCAUGAUUGCUCGGUAUGCUCAAAGCAGUCAGAAUGAGAAGGCAUUGGAGCUUUUCCGUCAAAUGAGGCAAGCUUCAGUAGUUCCAAAUGAAUUUAGUUUUUCUAGUGUUUUACAAGCUUGUGCAAAUAUGGGAGGCUUGAACUUGGGCAAGCAGGUCCACAGUCAUGUUGUCAAGAUAGGUUUUGACUUGGAGAUUUUUGUGGCAAACGCGCUCAUUGAUGUUUAUGCUAAGUGUGGAGAUAUGGAGGCCUCAAUGGACCUUUUUUCUCGAUUGCCCCAUGGUAAUGAUGUGAGUUGGAAUACAGUGAUUGUUGGUUAUGUUCAAGUAGGUUUCGGAGAGGAUGCUCUGAGGCUUUUUCAUCUGAUGCAAUUUGCUCAAGUACCGGGGACCCAAGUCACCUACUCUAGUGCGCUUCGGGCUUGUGCAAGCAUAGCAGCCAUUGAAUUGGCAAGUCAGAUUCACUCCUUGGUUGCCAAGACCCCAUUUUACAAUGAUAUUGUGGUAAGUAACUCUCUUAUCGAUACAUAUGCUAAGUGUGGGAGCAUCAAAGAUGCUUGUAGGGUCUUUGACAUGAUGAGAGAGCAUGACGUGAUUUCUUGGAAUGCUAUGAUCUCAGGAUAUGCUAUACAUGGUUUAGGUCUGGAUGCUUUAAGUUUGUUUAGGAAGAUGAGGGAAAUGAAGGUUGAGGCCAAUGAUGUGACUUUUGUUGGUGUUCUAUCAGCAUGUAGCAAUAUAGGUUUAGUGAAUGAGGGCUUGUCUUAUUUUGAAUCUAUGGAUAGGGAAUAUGGCAUUGAACCUUGUAUGGAGCACUACACUUGCAUGGUUAGGCUUUUGGGACGUUCGGGUCGUCUUAAUGAUGCCAUGAAAUUUAUUGAAGAAAUCCCAAUGAAACCUAGUCCUAUGGUUUGGCGUGCAUUGCUUGGUGCUUGUUUGGUCCACAAAAAUGUCAAGCUAGGGAGAAUUUGUGCACAAAGGGUGCUUGAGAUGGAACCGCAGGAUAAGACAACAUAUGUCUUGUUGUCAAAUUUGUAUGCUGCAGGAGGAAGUUGGGACGACGUGGCCCUCAUCAGGAAAUCCAUGAGGAGUAAAGGAGUGAAAAAGGAGCCUGGCCUCAGCUGGAUUGAGAUUCAGGGUGAAAUCCAUUCUUUUUCUGUUGGAGAUGCAUCCCACCAAGAUAUGAGGGUGAUCAAUGCAAUGCUGGAAUGGCUACAAAUGAAGACCAAGAAAGCAGGCUAUGUUCCAGAUAGUAAUGUAGUAUUGCAUGAUAUAGCAAUGGACCAAAAAGAACGUUUAGUAUGGGUACAUAGUGAGAGGCUGGCCUUGGCAUAUGCACUUAUAAGGGUACCAUCUGGAAGUCCAAUCCGUAUUAUCAAGAAUCUUCGUUUUUGCUCAGACUGUCAUUCUGCAUUCAAGAUAAUAUCUAAGGUUGUUCAACGUGAAAUCAUUGUGAGAGAUAUGAACCGCUUUCAUCAUUUUGUGGAUGGAAUUUGCUCCUGUGAUGAUUAUUGGUGAUGCCUUUUUUUUCCUGAGGGAUGUUAUAAGUGCACGUCAUCUGCAGCCCACCUAAACUGAUGCCUCUGAGCCUUGUCCCAGGAGCUGCCACACCCUGUCUAUGGGCAGUUGUGGGACGUAUAGCCUCCAUCGAUUGUUGAUUGGCUGAAGUUUCAACGCAUUCCAAAAUGGAAAGUCUAAGCCUGCAGUGAUUGUUGCGAGAAAAGUGAGCUUUUUACAUCCACAUGCAAGUGAGAAGUCUUCUUAAUGUCCAAGGAAUGUUUCUUAUCUUAGUUUGUGGGGUGUGCAUUAAUCCCACAAUUUGUAGCAAUGCCCUCUUUCUUCAAACAAAGCAUGUGAUACUGUGGUAGAGGGCUUUUGAGGACUGAUGGUAUUCUAUUUCAUGUUAGUCUCUGUCAAGGAGUGAUUCUACAUGUACCUCGUGAUCCCAGGAUUGCUGGAUGUCAACCUUGCCAUAUAGGAUGCUGGAACUUAGAGCUAGAAGUCAGACAUUAUAGCAGGAGCUGGAUUUUGGAACACGAUGGAAUAGAACAUUCAAGACCAAUCAGUGGCCCCUUUCAGAGUUCAGUGCCAGAGUCUGCUCGGUGAAAAUUUUCAAAGGUCAAGCACCCAAGGGACUCAGGCACUGUAAAAUUUGAUUCUGCAGAAGGACGAUUUCUCAGAAAUAAGAACCGCUCAACUAAGAAAUAAGAACCGCUCAACUAUUACUACAAAACAUCAGUUUUUUUUUUUUUUUUGGUUUGCUGGUUACUUAAAAGUCCUUUUCUAUUAUAAAGUGGCUGUGAAUUUUAUUUCAUGCCUUAUGUUUAUUUGGCUUUGAAAAUUGAAACCAAUCAGGUCAACUCAUGUGGAACCUUUUACCAUCGGCACUUGCUUGUGAGCCAUCUGAUAACACAUUGUAUAUGUAGACAACUUCUGCUUCGUUCUUCUUUCCACAUCUACUUCUCGAAUUAGUCUCAUGCAACCUACAUGUCAAUCUUCAAAAAUGCUAGGAUUGUCACAAUCCCAUCAGACAUAUUUAAUUCUAUUAUGUAUACAUCUUUGAUCUUAGAAUUAUGUGGUUCACCAAAGUUUUCUUUUCUGUCUACUACAAGUUUUGCGUGAAUCAAACAAAUAUCUAGAAGGAAAAAUGAAGGAGGAAUUCGAGCAGGCCUUUGGCGUACACUGUUGUUCAGCUACGUGCCAAGAUGUUUUAACCACGUCUGAGUCUGAAGUCAUUAUUGAGACCGAAGGUGCAAGAACAAUGGCAAGUAAUAUUGACCUGAGAACUACACAGGCGUUAUUCAAUAAGUUAUGAACGUUCUGCUCUCUGUUGCUUUUUCUUCUUUUCUACUUCCCUUUUUUCUUUAUUUGCAGGGUUGCUGAUUGGAAAACCUAGAUGCUUCGUAACAGUAGUUGCACAGAUAAAGAUUUCUCUAAUAGUCACGCAUCCUUGCGAAGCACUCUUUUACCUACCCUUAGUCAGUGGAAAUGAAUCUCAAGUUGUAUAUUUGAAGCAUUUGCAAUCCAAGAGCUUAGCCUAAAGUUUCAGCUUCACAUACGUGAUAUCUUUAGAUCUACUUUAAAAGCCAUCUAAUUGAUGACUGUUUAUAUGUCAGUAUCAUUUGUUUGGUUGAAGUUCUUUGUCAUGAAUAAUCAAAAGCAGCAAGUCGAAGUUAAACUUCUACACGAUCAUACAGAGAGAUUAGACUUGAGAUUUGCAUUUAACUAAAUGACUUGGCUGUCCAUCAUGGGGACAUUCUUUUAAUCUUUUUAUCGUUCGAGAUUUCUUGGAAUUGCCUAUCAUUUCACAUGAACAUGCCCAGAUUUUUAUGCCUAACUAGUAGUUGCUGAUAUUAGUACAUGAACUUGUCUCCAGUCUUCAUAUAGUGGGUAGGUAAUAUAGCUGAUGGCACUUUGGUUUCAAGAGCUUAACUUUUCUAUCUUAUUUGUUUGUCUAGGUUGUCGGUUGCAGGAAUCAAGACCCACCAUCUUGAAACUAUGGCAACAGGAAAAGUGCCACAUACUCAUGGAUCGAUGUGAUGUGUCUGAUUAGCAAAAUGGAUGGCUGAUCCAUCAUCCAGAUAUCAAAUUGUGCCAUCUGAAACAUACCAUUGUCCACAAAUUUUCUAUCCGAAGAGGAAGUUAAUCGAUUUUCUGAAAAUAAAUUCAUAUUUGGCAA